AUGGAAGCGCUCGGUGUCAUUUCUUCACUGGCCACCAGCCACCCCAUUGCAUUUGCACUGUGGUCGUUGGUGUCUGCAUUUGUCUUUCAAGUCCUCCAGCGAGGAUACCGACACCGCCGGUUUUACCGGAAUCUGCCUGGGCCACCACAUAGCGCUCUAUGGGGUCAUUUAAACAUCUUGGGCGAGGUCUCUGCGACGAUCCCCCCAAACUCGCACCCCCAGGCAUAUUAUACGGAAAUUGCCAGAAAGUAUAACCUCAAAGGCAUAUUUUAUCUCGACUUGUGGCCAAUUGCGGACUCAAGCGUUGUCUUGACAGACCCAACGCUUAUGGAAGAGGUCACAGUGCGGAACCCUCUCCAGCAGCACGCAAUGGCUGAAGCUUUUCUAUCCCCCAUCAUCGGCCCCAAUGUUAUCGCGACUGCCAAUGGCCCUGUUUGGAAGAGACUACACAAUGCCAUGGCUCCGGCAUUCUCAUGGUCUCAUAUACGCAGUCUAACUGCUGUCAUGGUUGAUGAGUGCUCCUUGUACCGUGCCACCCUUGAGAAAUAUGCCAAAUCUGGAGAAGUCUUCUCCGUCGAGGAGCUGUCCGCAAGGCUCAUCUUUGACGUUAUUGGUCGUGUUGUAUUCAACUUUCGUCUUCAUGCUCAGACAGCCAAUAGCCCAUACUUAAAUGACCUCAGGGAAUUAGUUGACCUCGCCCACAACCAAACAGAUCUGGUUGCAAGCUAUAACCCCAUCGCACGAGUAGCCAAGUGGUGGAAAAAGCGAAAGGUUCUGGGCAGACUUCAUCCUUUAAUCCUCGGCAAAAUUAAGGACAGCAUUAAGGGACUGCUUCUUGGUGGUCAUGGUACUACUACUGAUAGCUUAUGCUACAUUCUCAUGCUCCUGUCGCACGCUCCAACAGCGCUUAAAAAAAUGCGACAAGAGCAUGAUGAUGUCUUCGGCCAAACCUUUGAUGGUACUGUAGAAUUGCUGCUAGACGCGCCAGCAAAGCUCCAGGAUCUUCCAUACACAGAUGCUAUCAUCAAGGAAUCCCUCCGCUUGUUCCCAGUGGGCUUCACAGUCAGGGAGGCAGAUGCGGGUGCCAAGCUUACCGUUCAAGGUAAGAGCUAUCCAAUUGAUAGGCAUCAGGGUGUUGUCUUGAACGGCCACGACCUCCACUACAACUCAGACUUCUUCCCGAACCAUACGGAGUUUCGCCCUGAACGUUGGCUAGAUUCAGAAGGAGUUCCACGGUCGUAUUUCAGGACUUUUGGUCGUGGGCCCCGCGCAUGUCUGGGACAGAACCUCGCUAUGAAUGAGCUGAAGGUCAUUUUACUAAUGGUCGUUCGGGAUUUUGAGUUUGAGUGUGCUGGCCUCAAGCCAAAUGCAAAACCGAAGACAUCGUAUACAAGCCUUGAUACAGUUUUUGGGGAUAUUAUCUUCCAGGAAUUGGGAAUAGAGGCAAGGCCAAGAGGAGGAAUGAUGAUGACAGUCAAGAGGAAUAACUGA